AUGGAUCUGGACCAUUUCGGAGGAACCUUCGGAGGAAAUCGCAAGCCCACCCCGUUCAUGUGCCUCAUUCUCAAGAUGCUUCAGAUUCAACCCGAGAAGGAGAUCGUGGUCGAGUUUAUAAAGAACUCAGAUUACAAGUACGUUCGCCUGCUUGGAGCGUUUUACCUGCGGCUGGUGGGCAAGCCAAUGGAUGUGUACCAGUACCUAGAGCCGCUGUACAACGAUUAUCGGAAAGUGCGGAGAAAACUGGAGAGUGGAAUGUUUGUGUUGUCGCACGUGGACGAGUUCAUACAGGAGCUUCUCACGCUCGACUCCAGCUGCGACAUCACCUCACCUCCCUGCUCCCCCAUCACCGCCCGCUCGCCCCCUUCCACCCUUUAUUUCCCCCUAGUGUUUGUGUUGUCGCAUGUGGACGAGUUCAUAGAGGAGCUUCUCACGCUCGACUCCAGCUGCGACAUCGCAUUGCCUCGCAUACCUCGCAGGUAUGAGGCUUGCUUUUGA